CUCGGGUAGAAAUAGCUUUUUUCGUUAUAAAAACCCAAGUAAAGCAAAUCAAAACAAAUACCACACCAGAAUCGUGAUUUACAUUCCUUGCUUGUAGUCCAGGCAAAGCAUUGAAAGUGACCACUGUCCUGGGCUCGCCGCAACUCGCGGCGCCUCAUCAGUUAGUUAGUCAUUUUCCGGCGCGGGCUGCUCUGAACACGAUGCUCCCUUUCACAAGAGUAUCGUCUUCUGAUCAUUUUUCAUUAGCAAAGUCCCCAGCUUUUGUCAAAUUCACCGCUUUCACCCUCUUAUCCCUCUCCAUCUUCUUCCUCGUUAGGUACUUCUCCGACCCAUUUCCCAAAUGGUCAUCAUCCUUUUCCAACCUCACCACCGCCCCCACGAAGAAUUCGUCUGCAGACACGUAUCAGCCGCCAGUUUCUCCUCCGCCUCUCCCGACGGUUUCUCUUCCGUCAGUAGCUCCUCCAGCUAGACCGACGAGGGAUUUCUUGGAACGGACGGGAAUUAUCGACGAGAAUGGCGUGAUGGUGCUCGACUUUAUCGUCGGGGAUUACGACGAGUCUCUGUUAGGGACUGCGGUAAAUGCGAGUUGGGGUGUAAGAGGAGCAGAUAGGGAUGAGACUAGAGGGUUUGUGAAGGGUAAAAUUGGGAAAUUUGGAGUUUGUGAUCAGAGUUUGAGCCAGUACAUUCCUUGUUUGGACAACAUGCAACCUUUAUCCCAGCUGAAUUUGUCGGGGAGGCGUUGCCCGGAGACUGGAAAAGGGUUGGAUUGUGUUGUGCCUAGGCCUAAAGGGUAUACAUUUCGAGUCCCAUGGCCUAAAAGCAGAGAUGAGGUUUGGUAUUCAAACAUACCUCACACAUCCUUGGUUGAUGCCAAUGGAGGGCAAAUUUUGGUGUCAAAAAAGGAAAAAAAGUACAUUUUUCCUGAAAGAGGUAUGGAGCAAUACUUGGACCAGAUAUCAACGAUGGUUCCAGAGAUUUCCUUUGGGAAGAAAACACGAGUUGUUUUGGAUAUUGAUUGUGGUGUGGGAAGCUUUGGUGCCUAUUUGGCGAAGCGCAACGUAGUCACUCUCUCCAUAUCCCCAAGAAAAGAUGCUAAUGCUAACCAGAUUCAAUUUGCACUCGAACGUGGUGUCUCUGCCAUGAUUGCCGGGCUUGAAACACACCGUUUGAUGUUUCCUAGUCAGGCAUUUGAGUUGAUACAUUGUUCAAGAUGCAGAGUCAACUGGACCGACAAUGGGGGUGUUUUGCUUCUUGAGGUAAACAGAUUGAUGAGAGCUGGAGGUUACUUUGUUAUGGCUCUACAGCAACCUGCUGACAUGCCUGACAAACUAGAAAAAGAAAUGGAGGAUCUUGCGGGUCGUCUUUGUUGGGAACUUGUGAAAAGGGAAGGGGGGAUUGCGAUUUGGAAAAAACCUUUGAAUAACAGUUGUUAUGUCAACCGCAGGCCAACUGCUACACCUUCAUUAUGUGGCACUGAUGAUGACCCAGAUUAUGUCUGGUAUGUGAAUAUGAAGACAUGCAUAACCCGUUUACCUGAAAAUGGUUAUGGUUCUAAUGUGACUGAAUGGCCUGCUCGCCUAAAGUACCCACCUGACAGACUUUUUAGCAUAGAAAUGGAUGCUAUUUUGUCUAGAAAGGAAAUUUACAGAGCAGAUACUAACUAUAUGAAUGAUCUUGCUCGUGGAUACAUUAAUGCAUUCCACUGGAAAACCCUGGUAUUCAGAAACAUUAUGGACAUGAAAGCUGGAUAUGGAGGAUUUGGAGCAGCUUUAGUUGAUAAUGAGAUAGAUUGCUGGGUUAUGAACGUGGUUCCUGUAAGCGGUCCUAAUACACUGCCUGUUAUUUAUGACCGCGGCCUCAUUGGUGUCUUGCAUGAUUGGUGUGAGCCGUUCGACACAUAUCCAAGAUCAUAUGAUUUGCUGAAUGCAAAUGGUCUUUUCUCGGUAGAGAAGAACAGAUGUAAUAUAUCCAAUAUAGUGUUGGAAAUGGACCGAAUCCUACGACCCGGAGGCAGGGUAUAUAUACGUGAUCUUACGCCGACCAUUGAUGAAGUACAAGAGCUGACAGAGGCAGUGGGAUGGGUGACAUUCAGAUACGAUGACAGCGAAGGCCCCCAUUCUAACUGGAAGCUCUUAACCUGUGAGAAACGUAUGUAGCAUCCCUUCAUCUCUCUCCCCCUCGACCGCCAACUGCUGCUGCUACCUGACAAUUUUCAACUCAGUCACUGUAACUAAUGUCAUCGCCCGUAAAUGGCGAGUCAAUUUCUGACCUGGAAUUUGUACACCUGAUCUUCUACUCCAAUUAAUUAUUUAUUAAAGUUGCACAAAGAAAAGCUUCCAUGCGAAUUGAUCGAUGCUACUUUAGUCCUCAUAAGGAUUUCCUGAUUCCAUUAUACCAUUCAUAUAUAAAGUUCUUACACUAGCAGUCCAACCAAACUAUUUCUAGUACUGUCACUCCGAAUGAGCCUCUUACGGUCUUACCGAAGCAUUCACCUCAAUCAGUACACAGAGUGUAUACUUUUAUCUUAAUUUCUUUAACAUCCUUUUGUAUACAGCUUUAAUGCAAGUUUAACUGUUGUAAUGUUUUGCUAUAUAUUUGAUUAAAG